AUGGCAAACUUGAUUAACUAUCUACGUCUGCUGGCUUUCACCGCUUCGCUGAGCUAUGGUUAUUGCCGCUUGAACAGAGACAUUAACUACUUUGAGGCACUGGAUUAUGAGCCGAUGUAUAAACAGUUUGGGCGACGUAUGGAUGAAAGGUCAAUGGACGAAGCGUUGUUUAUCAAAUUUAAAGCAUUUGGGAGAACUUUCAAGCUUAUUUUAAGUAAAGAUACUUCUUCUGUUGCUUCUGAUAUAGAAAAAAUGGCCAGUUACAACAGAAGAGUUUAUUUGUAUCCAAAUUCCGUGGUUGCUGGGAAGAUAGCAGAUGGAAACAUAUCUAAAAUACGUGGCUGGAUUACUGGCAGUGGAUUAUUUUAUGGGACAUUAGAAUCCGAGAAUGUCACUUUCUACAUUGAACCGGCUGAAAAGUACUUUAGGAAACCAACGUUUCAUUCUGUAGUCUACCGACGUCAAGAUGGGGAGUAUAGUUUGAAAGAUAUUCAACAUAGGUUCGGGUUAGAUUUGACAAAAAACGGAAGCAGAAAACGCGCGCGUCACCGAGGCAAGCGACGUGCCUCAACGGAUCCCAGUAUCAAAAUUAAAAUUUGCCGUUUGUCGCUUGAGGCCGACUACACAUUUCUCAAAAUGUCGGGCAGCCCUUUACGCGCCAUCUCAACCAUGGUUAAUCACAUAGGAGCGCUCAAUAAGAUAUUUCGUAAAUCUUUUGUCAACAGUGAUAGACUAGUUAAUGAGAGUAUAUUUACACUUCGAGGUAACGACAGCGUUCUCACGUUUCAAAUUGCAAAGGUCAGAGUUUACAACGAGACGGAAACAUCGCGUGUGUUGGGAGCCGGCCGUUUAGACGCGGCAACAUUUCUUCGUGUUAUGCAACAGAGCCAGGAUUACUCGCAGUAUUGUCUCGCUCUCUUUUUCACCGCGGGCAGUUUUAUUGAGGGGGUUUUAGGUGUGGCCUAUCCAGGAGGGCUGUGUACCAACUUGAAUGUGGGCGUGGUCUCAUUCACACGCGAGGGCGUGGACUUACCACCGCAGGUCACAGAGAUUGCUGUCGCUCAUGUCGUUGGGCAUGCAUUGGGGGCCAAGGUACGAGCCGUGUUCUUGUUGCUUGUUUUGUAAUUUUGUUUACUUGACAUAUUUUAUGUUUUUGUUUACCAGUUUGUUUGUUUACUAGUUUGUUUGCUUAAUAUUAGAGGUACAGUUCAACAUCAAGCCUUUGCCUUCUAUUUUGUGGCUUUGAUAUCUUGACAGACUAUGGUCAAACCAGAGAUUCGAGUACAUUCCUGUGUAAAAAUUAACCAUAGCGGUUACGAAUUUCGGAGAGGUUGAGAUUGGACUACCGUUAUCAUUAACCAAUCAGAUGCGUUUAUCUAUUCGAUUAACCAAUCAGAUGCGUUUAGUUUAUUCGAUUAACCAAUCAGAUGCGUUUAUCUAUUCGAUUAACCAAUCAGAUGCGUUUAUUUAUUCGAUUAACCAAUCAGAUGCGUUUAUCUAUUCGAUUAACCAAUCAGAUGCGUUUAUCUAUUCGAUUAACCAAUCAGAUGCGUUUAUCUAUUCGAUUAACCAAUCAGAUGCGUUUAUCUAUUCGAUUAACUAAUCGCAUGCGUACUGAGCCAGUACGAGGUAGUAACGGUCGCCGUAGUGGAUGUGACAUCUGAACCCGUUCUUCCUCUUGUUCCAUUUAGCACGAUGAAGACAACUGCCAACCAAGUGUUAGUAAAGAUGGCGAUUUCAUCAUGACGAGAUUCGGCCUCGAUGCGGACCAACCAAACAAUUUCUUAUACUCACCAUGCAGCGUCCAACAAAUAAAAUCCUCCGUGAACACAGUACAGGACAUGCAUUGCUUGGAACGACACCCUCCUGAGGAACGUUUAUGUGGAAAUGGCGUGGUUGAAAAUGGCGAAGAGUGCGAUUGUGGUGGGGAACAGAUGUGCAGAGUUCUGGAACCUGGGAACUGCUGUGACUUCAGAUCAUGCAAGUUGAGCGCACACGCUGCUUGCAGUGUCUCUAAUGGUACACAUUUCAUUGUUUCAAAUGACGCGGUUAGCGCAUGUACCUUUCAACUGUACGAAAUUAUUUUAGUUUAGGUUUCCUCUAGCCUCCUGCGCAGACGUUGUUACCUCGGCCACUAACCACGUCUGCGCAGGAGGCUAGGUUUCCUCCUGUAGUUAACACUGGAUUAAUAAGAGAUGAUCCUUACUGGACCUCUAGGAAGAACAGUUUAGAACUGAUAGAGCUAUCCAGUACAAAUAAAUUUAGAUUAGGUGGAUUGCAUUUUCUAAACAAUAUUGCCGACACUCUUAAUAUUCGCUCGUAUUAUAAUAUAAACUAACAUUACAUUUUCACCCAGGAUUCUGUUGCGAUAGUAAGACGUGUAGCUACAAGAGUACUGGAGACGUUUGUUCGCCUGAAACAGAAUGUUCAGAUGAGGCUGUGUGCACUGGUAAUACUUCAAUUUGUCCUCAGCCAUCACACAAAGAGAACUUCCUGGAAUGCAACAGGAACACAAGCGUCUGUAUGAAAGGUGUUUGCAGUGGGAAAAAUGUUUGUGGAAAGUUUGGCUUGGAGUCUUGUUUUUGUGAGAACAAGCUAGACGAGUGUAAAGUUUGUUGUGUAAGCGAAGACAAGUGUUGGCCUGCAGAGGAUAUUACAAAGGUAUUGGCUGUGGGUUUUAUUCUUUUAUGGUGAGGAUGAGGUAUGGUGUAGUUUGGUGGAGUGUGUUGUAUGAUGGCCAUGGUAUUGUAUGGUUUUGUGUGGUGUGGUGUAUGGUGAAGUAUGAUAGUGGAGUAUGGCGUGGUAUGGUAUGGUAUGGUGAAGUAUGGCAGUGGAGUAUGGUAUGGUAUGUACUAUUUAAAGCACGCGUAGGAGUGUUUUAUCAGAUAUAAAACGCGAGGCGCAGCCGAGCGUUUUAUAUCUGAUAAAACACGACUACAAGUGCUUUAAAUGGCUUAAAAAACGACUCAUCUUAUAUGAGUUCAUUGGCGAAGUAAUUUUUAAAAUAAACUUUGUCUAAACCGAGAAAAUCAAAGCUAAAGUUUAUGUAAAUUAACAUGAUUUUUUAUCACAUAUAAAGAUACGACACGCUUGUGAUUUUUCUUUGUGUUUUCCUCCUGAAUUAUUAAUGAGUUUUUUAAGGUAUGGUAAAGUAUGGUAGUGGAGCAUGGCGUGGUAUGGUAUGGUAGUGAAGUAUGGCGUGGUAUAUGUGGUAUGGUGUGGUAUGUGAUAUGGCAUAAUUUUAGCAGCUUAGUGUGCCAUGAUGUGUUAAGGCUUAUUGACUUAUCUUCUAUGGAUGUUUUAGAUCAAAUUAAAACUCAAAUCAGUACACCUGAGUGCAGGAUCGUUGUGUGCAAACAGAAAAGGAUAUUGUGACAUGUUUCACGAGUGUCACCCAAUAAAUCUGAAUGCCCCGUUUUCCCAUCGCUAUGAUCCGUAUUUCAGGAAGAAAGGUAAACCUAAGUUACCUCACAUUGAAAAAUACUACUUUCCAAUUUUUUUUGACCAAGUUUUAAAUCACCCAUCCUCACUCUUUCCACCUAUAACAUGUUUCGCUCCCUUCCCUAGGUAUGAAAGAAAUAACGCAUUCAUUUUGGUGGGCAAUAUUUCUUGGAACAGUAGGUCUAAUAGCACUUGUAGUUAUGAUAAUCAAACAUGGCGCUCUGUAUACAAAAAGCAGUUGUCCAGAGUUGAACGAGCGUGAACCAGCUAAAGAAUUGCCCAGGUUUAAACUGUCACGUUUAAAAGAGGAGGAAAAAGGGAUCAUACGUAGUGACGAUAUCGUUGCUUAAUAUUUAGAAACGCUUGGAAAGGCUGCUCUUCAGGUCUGCCCAAAUCAGGGACGGUCUCUGCAACAUAUGAGAUUCAUUGUCUCGAUUUGUAGCGGAAACGGAUGAUCCCAGAUAUCUAUGGCCUAGACCAUAGCCUAUCGAAGGGAAGAUGGCUGUGAAACUCGUUAGAAUAACAAUAUAACUCAUUAUCUAUGUUGGUCAACGUUUAUUCAUAAAUCUGAUCCUUCACCGUCACGUGUGUAUUGUAUUCUUGCCCAACUAACCAAUAGCAAUGUUUUAGGAAAGUCACCUAUCCGUGACUCGAACAAUAAGGAAACUGGAAAUUGCUAUUGGUGGAUUUGGCAAAAAUACAAUACACACGUGACGGUGAAACGACCCGAUUUAUGAAUAAACGUUGGCUAACUUAGAUAAUGAGUUAUAUUGUUAUUCUAAUGAGUUUCACAGUCAUCUCCCCUUCGAUAUGCUAUGCCUAGACCUAGGGCCUUCUGACCGAACGAAAGGGCGACAGCGAGAUAUAGGCAGCGUUCCACGUGACGUCAUUGAAGUUGAUUUACCUGCAAAUCAAGUGCCGCCUGCCGAGUAAAGGCCCUAGGUCCUAGACUGUGAUGAUCCGUUUGGACGAACUUGGGCAAAGACAGUCGGAUCAUCCGUCAAGAUUCAUCAUCCCUUUUAGGCUAAACACAAGUGGCAAAGCCAAUUAGCCUUUGUCACGAAGGCCAAAUUCGCCAUUUUUGGGGUACUUUUUUUUAUAAAGACGUGAAAAAUCUAAGCGAUGUGAAAACAUUUUUUCAAAUAUUCAACUGGAAAUUAACUUAAGUUCUUUGUAUGUUUGCAUGGCGAUAAAAUAUAAUAGUUUUGUUUGUGGAAACACCACGUAAAUAGAUAAAUGCAGUAAUAAAUUUACGUGGUGUUUCCACAAACAAAACUAUUAUAUUGUAAAUUAACUUAUAAUGAUUUUGCUCACAAUUAUAGUUAUACAAAUCCCUUAUUCACUGGCUCACUGCGUACGGUAAUUGCUAGAUAGUAUACUUCAAAAUAAGGUUUCCGUUUUUAUAACGUAGAAAAAACCAUCCGAACGCAAAACUAAACCCUAACCCUAAUACUAACCUUAACCCUAACCCUAACCCCAACCCUAAACUAACCAUAACCCUAACCCUAACCUAACCCUAACUUAUUUAAAAAAUUGAUAUAAAACGGAAACCUUAUUUUGAAGUAUACUAUCUAGCAAUUUCCCACUGCGCACAGUCUCAGAUUUGGAAAACGCAGUACGCCAAAAGUGGCGGCGUGAGAAAGGCUAAUUAAACAGCGUGAUAUAUGCUGGCAAUGGUUGUUGUCAUUGUCUGAUAUUUUGGGUGUGGAGCGCAGGCAGCAAAUAAUUAGGGAAGCUAGUGCCAGCCUGUGUUGCAAGGCUGAAAUGUGACAGAAAAAGGCAUUCCUUCAACAAUGCCUGGUUACAUGACGACCCGAAAUCGGACAAAUAUACGAAUGUCGGUUCAAAUCCACGUGUAUGGUAAUCUGUUUUACUGUUCAUUUAUUAAUUCUGACUUCUGAGUGUCUCAUUACUGCAUUUGACAGUUGAAGAGAAUAGAUCAUAAUUUGUCCGUGUAUUUGCAUCUUAUAUUAAAAACUGUCUGUUGCUAUGUCUGACUGUACCAGUCAAGCAAUAUAUGAGAAAAUUCGAG